UGUGAGGCAUUUACAAUUAUAGCACCCCGCAUUUAAGAGGUCUAGUUACGCCUAUGGGUGUCUGCCAUCUAGAGAGAUAAGAAUACUUUUAUGUGUUUUAUUUAUACCACAGAUAUGUAUACAAAUCUGUGAUUUAUACUUGUAGCCUUAUCUAUCCCAAUGGAGUCUGACUCUGGCAGUGAAAUAGUGAAUAGGAUGGCUGAUAUGUAAUCCAAAAUCCCAACAAAUUAAGAAAAUGCAGAUUGAGGUAAGUAGUUAGUAUUACCUAUACGGUGAAAAUUGUACCAAUUAUUUUGUGUUGGAAUUGAAGAGUUGAAUGUGAAAAGAAAAUGUGCGGCCGAACUGCUUGUAACUUGAAACAUGAAACUUAUUGCAAAGCGACGACCUACAAAAAUCGUAAGGACACAUUGUAUUGUCAACCGGAAUGGCAUGAUGAAAUGAAUGGUAACUUUGAAUUUAAGCGGUCCAACAACAUAGCACCUACUGAUGUAACUCCAAUUCUUGUUUCUGGUGAAGAAUUUGUAGGCUACCCUUCUAGAAUAUUAACACCUAUGGUAUGGGGUAUGAUACCUCCCUGGCAUAAGGGAAAUUUUAACAAUCAUGGAUUAAGUACAAACAAUUGUAGAAUAGAAAAUGUAACCACUUCAAAACUGUACAGUGAACCGUUGACUAAAGGAAGAAGAUGUAUUGUAAUUUGUGAAGGUUUCUACGAAUGGAAAACUACAGAAGGACCUGGAAAGAAAAAGCCUCACUUUAUACACAUGCCUCAAAAAAAUGGAGUUUCAGUUUAUGAUAUAAAUGCUUGGGAAUCAGCUCUAUGGACAGAGCAAUCUGGGUGGAAUGGACCAUCUCUACUUCAAUUAGCUGGUAUUUACAAUAAAUGGAAGUCACCAAAUGGAGAAGAAGUGUAUAGCUAUUCAAUUAUCACAAUGGAAUCAAGCAAGACAUUUUCUCAACUUCAUCAUCGAAUUCCUGCAGUCUUAGAGAAUGAACAACUUAUAGAGGAUUGGUUAGAUACCAGAAGGGUGUCUGCAAGUCGAGCCAUCUCAAUGCUUUGUCCUAUUGAUAAUCUGAAGUGGUAUGAAGUGUCAAGCGUAGUUAACAAUUCGCGUAACAAGAGCGAAGAUUGCAAUAAGCCGAUUACAAAAAUAGUGAACAAAAGCAGCACUUUUAUGACAUCUUGGUUAUCAGGAAAAAAUAAAAGAAGUGAUAGUAAUGAUGAAGAUCAAAUGAAGAAAAAACAAAAAAAUUAAUAUUCAGUAUUGCAAAAUUUCAAUUGAUGUACAUAACAUAAUAUAUUUAUAAGAAUAAUAUUUUCAAAAUAAAAGAUUUAAUAUUUAA